CCUCCUCCUUUGAGUGUGUAGAUGGUCACAUGUUGUUUUCCCUCCCCAGUCCGGCGGACACUAACAGCAGCAGCAGACAUGUGUUAUUUAUCGCUGAGCUGUGGGAAAAGCAAGAGGAGGAUUGAAGCUUAGAAACAAAAAGCGCGUCGUUUUUUCCGCUUUUCACUUCCUAGUAGUAGUAGUACUAGUAGAAGAAGUAUGGCGAGUCCGCCUAGCGACGCCGGACCACCGCUACCGGCCACCGGCGUGAAGAAGUGUGGCUACCUGAGGAAGCACAAACACGGACACAAGCGCUUCUUCGUGCUGAGGGAGCCCGGCGACGGCUGCCCUGCCCGGCUGGAGUACUACGAGAGCGAGAAGAAAUGGAGGAACAAGUCUGCCGCCAAGAGGGUCAUUCCGCUGGACUGCUGCCUGAACGUCAGCAAGCGAGCGGACGCCAAGCACAAACAUCUCAUCGCGCUCUACACCAAGGACGAGUACUUUGCCGUGGCGGCGGAUAGCGAAGCCGAGCAAGAGGGCUGGUACCGGGUGUUGACGGAUUUAAUCGCAGAGGGGAGAGAGUACGACGGCUCGGCGUCCAAUUCCGCGUCCUCGCUGAUGGGAUUCGACGAGGCAAGCUACGGGGUGAUCACGCCGGUGAGCGCCGCCUAUAAGGAGGUAUGGCAGGUCAACAUGAAGUCUAAAGGCUUGGGGCAGAGCAGGAAUUUAACCGGCGUGUACAGACUCUGCCUAUCCAGUCGGACUAUCAGUUUUGUCAAACUCAACACAGAAGUGGCCUCAGUCAUUUUGCAGCUGAUGAACAUCCGGAGGUGCGGCCACUCUGACAGCUUCUUCUUCAUUGAGGUGGGACGCUCAGCAGCCACAGGACCCGGCGAGCUCUGGAUGCAAGCCGACGACUCUGUAGUGGCACAGAACAUCCACGAAACCAUCCUGGAAGCCAUGAAAGCCAUGAAGGAGCUGUCAGAGUUCCGCCCGCGCAGCAAAAGCCAGUCGUCAGGCACCAACCCCAUCUCUGUGCCCACCAGGAGGCACCUGAACAACCUCCCCCCUAGUCAGACCGGCCUCCUGCGGAGGUCACGCACCGACAGCAUGGCUACGACGUCGCCUGUAGGUAAAUUCUCCUCCUGUCGAAUACGCACAGCCAGCGAGGGCGACGGCACCAUGACACGCCCCAUGUCCGUGACGGGGAGCCCCCUCAGCCCCGGGGUCCACCGCACCCUUCUGAGCAGGUCUCACACCAUCACAGCACGCCCUUGUCGGACAUUUGAAUCCUCCUCCCUCCAGCACAGUAAGUCCAUGUCCAUGCCUCUGUCUCAUUCCCCGCCCACGGCUGCCCCGAGUCUAGUAAGCCUGUCCUCUUGUCCAGAUAGUAGUGCUCCUCGUCCCUCUAGUUGCAGUGCCUCCUUCUCUGGCUCCCCGAGUGACGCAGGUUUCAUAUCGUGUGAGGAGUAUGGCUCAAGCCCCGCAGAUGCACGGGACCUCCGGCUGCCUCUUACAUUCGGUAGCAACACCCCUGAGUCUCUAAAAGCAGACACUCCCCCCUCGCGGGAUGGCAGUGGCCUUGAAGGAUACAUGGUGAUGGAGCAGCAGAGUGGCUAUCGAUGGUUACCCGAGCUGGACAAGGCUUAUCGUAAACGCACAUACUCUCUUACCACCCCCCGCCAGCAAAGGUGUCUCCCCCAAGUGUCGUCAGCCUCACUUGAUGAGUACACACUAAUGAGGGCCACGAAUACGAGUGGAAGCCAGUCUUCUCGCAGGUGUUCCCCUAAAGGAAGUUUCCCUGAUGAGUACAGGGAUGUACAGAAAAGUGACAGCAGUGGUUACAUGCCCAUGAUGCCAGGCGUGGCGCCUCACACCUCAGGAGCUAAGAUUGACCCUUACAUGCCCAUGAGCCCCAUGUGUGUGUCUGCUCCUAAACAGAUCAUCAACCCGCGAAUGCACUCCUCGGCAGGGCUGGCCCCGCAUGCGGACUCUCCAGGCAGCAUUUCCCUGGAGGACAAUGGCUACAUGCGCAUGUGGUGUGGCAUCAAAAUGUCAGUGGAGAGCACUGAUGGAAAGCUGGCCAAUGGGGAAUACCUGAACAUGUCUCCUGUGGACCCUCUGUUGUUGCUCACACCCAGAGACUGCACCCUCAGUACUUCUGGAGGAGAACCCCACCCCCACCCCCAACACCAGCACAGACAGCCUUAUUCUCACAGCACCCUCCCGCAUUCACUUAAAGGCCAAUUGCAACGCACUGGUUCCACUGACACUGACCAGUAUGUAGUGAUGUGUUUACAGAGACAGAGGAUAGAGGAAGAGUCCAGCUACUGUCCCGUCUCUCCACGAGACUCUGUGGCAUCACCGGGCGGAACUCCUUCAUCUGCUCCCCCUCCUCUAAGAGUGACUCUGAGUGACAGAGGCAUGGCUCACAGGAAUAGGGCGUGUCGGCCCACCCGCUUGGCUCUGGAUUCCCUCAGAACCUUACCAUGUAUGAGCGAACACCCGCUCCCCUCUGAGCCACGCAGCCCCGGGGAGUAUAUCAACAUUGACUUCAGCAGUGCUUCCAGUGACGUGGUAACAUCCACUGGGGCCACCAACAGGGGAUCACUGCCACUCUCGGACUAUGUUAACGUGGACCUUACCUCACAGAAAACUGUGGACUCCGCUGCUGUGCGUGCCACAGAGCAGGAAGAGGAAGGAAAAAGCGCAAAGGUGAGGGGUGUGGUGGAUGAAUAUCCCCUUCAGCAUCACAAGGUACAAGUCAAGGAUGACUACACUGAGAUGACGUUCAGUUCUCUGUGCGCCACUGAUGCCGCCCCCGUCCCCACCAGCCCCACCGCUUGCAUCCAGAGACUGAGCCUUGACAGCAGUCUUGUGGUGGACGGGGUGCCACCUGCGCCAGUGGACUCGUUUCUCCUCCCUUCUAUGUCUGUCACCCUCGCAAACCCUCACAAGGGUGCAAAAGUCAUCCGAGCUGACCCUCAAGGACGCCGCCGACACAGCUCAGAGACCUUUUCCUCUACCACUACUGUCACACCCGUGUGCCCAUCAUUUGCCUACGACACCAAGCGCCACAGCUCGGCCUCAGUGGAGAACGUAUCCCGCAGCGUGAGGAGCUCCGAGGACCAAGACGAGGACUACGUCAGCAGCAGCAUGUGCAGGGAGACGUCUGCGGGCUAUCAGAAUGGACUCAACUACAUUGCCUUAAACUUGAUGGAGGGUACCCUAGGAGGGUGCAGGUUAGGGGACUGCGACGGGCUCCUGAGAUUCAAGCCGGGCUGCGGCUGCAAAGACGGCAUGAACGGCUUCAACUCCAGCCCUUAUGCCAGCCUGGGAUUCAAGGAGACGACUGCUGCCGCCGUUAAAGAAUGAAGGCCACUGACUCCGCCCCCUUCCUGUCCUGGUCGUCAGGUCGGGCCAAUGCAGCCUCGGCAACAGCUGGACCACGCACUGCAGCCGAUGUCCUCGGACACCCCCCCCACCACUUCUCAGCUGUCGUCUCCAAGAGGUCACGGGGACUGCGGUCAUCACCAUAGCAACACGGACACUUGACCUUUGCCACAAAUCUUCCUUUUGAGGAGCCUUCCGACGCUGCUGCUGAUGACUUCAAACAAAACUUGUUGGUAACUUUCACUUAUCUGUGUAUGCGGCGCUGCAAAAACGACUGGACGUUGACGAUGUUACCAUGAAGAGAACCGGAAAAGACACCGAACCAAACCUGGAGACCGCAUGCACACGCGACAAAAGAUACAAAUAAACUAAAGAAUGCAUACAAAAUAUUUAUUUAUUUAUCUGGGAUGUAUGCAUUUGGAUUUCCAAAUGUGUGAUUUCUAUAAAUAAUAAUGAAAAACAAGGUGGCAUUUAGGUACAUAUUUAAAAAAACAAAUAAAGAAAGAAACCUACCUCAGUAACAACAAAAACAGGUUGGUUAACCCCCCCAUAGUUGAUAGAAAUAUAUAUAACUAAAUAUUUAUUUUCUCUUUUUUCUUUCACCAAUCCAAAGCCUUACUCUCGCCUUGACGGGCCGUUAAGUUUGGACCUUCACCAUCGCAAAGAAUGAGCCACUCUGAGAUUUCCAUGCUACAUUUAUGACGCAGAUAUGAUGUAUGAUAUCAUUUAUUGAUCACACAGACCCAAACACUGCAGCCCCACCGUGGUAGAGCAGCACACCUGUGGCCUGUCAUCUGAGCCAAAGUCGCAGCACCUUCUCACACUUUGGACCCGUUCACCUGGAGGCCCCUGCACACCGCACAGGAAGUUAUGACCUGUCGGGUGAAAGCGAAUGUUCUUUCAACGUCUUUGCAUGUCCGAGCUGGGGAUGGGCACGAUACCGUCGCAUUCACAAUCAACCCAUGAGUCGAAUCUCAGUGUUCCAUUAAGAAAGUAGGAAAGCACAUUUUGUUUUAAAAAUUACAAUAAAGUUUGUAUUGUUCAAAAAGACAAACAUUUGUCUUUGAACAAUACGACCCCAUCCACCCCCCCAAUCAUACAAUUGUGAUGUUUUUACUUUAUUCUUGGUAAAUUGGGACCUUUUCAUAAAAUGUGGACCUUUUCUCAUAUUUUGACUUUGACUUUUUCUUUCUCAGAAACAGAAUAUUUCUUUCUCAGAAUGUUCUGACUAUUUUUAGAACGUGUAACUCUGUCAAAUUCAAACGUUUUCCUCCUACAUGUCGUAUGUUGGCUUUACUCUUUAUUCACUUACUUUUUCUCCUAUUUUGCCUUUGUCCCGAGCAGAUGAUAACUGUUUUCUCUUCAAAUUCGGACUUUCUUUUUCACAAUUUAUUUGGAGACUUUAGUCUUUGAACAUUUUUAUUUUUCACAUCAUAAAAUUCCACCUUUUUCCCCCCAGUAUUUGGACUUUAUUCUUUGUAAAUUAUUUCAACUCAUAAAAUUGAGACCUUUUUUUGCUGAUGAUUUUACUUCAUUCUUCUUUUGACUGAUGUUACGACUUCUUUAAAAAAAUUCUUAAAAACAAUUCCUUUUUAAUCAUAAAAUUAUAACUUUUUUUUCAUAUUUGGACUUAGUUAUUUUGUCAUAAUAUUGUGACUUCUUUGUUUAUGUAAUAUUUCCACGUUAAGUCUCGUAAAUGUAGAGAAUGUCUCCUGGAUGAAUGAAAUGUGGUCAAAUGACCAUCCCGAGUCGUAACUGGACAUCUCACACACACACACACACACACACACACACACACACACACACACACACACACACACUCACCUGUUGCCUCAUUGCGGCGCCGAGCCAUGUGGUCAACUUGAGUCCAAAGCUUAACAGCAGCCCACAGCAGGGCCUCGCGCCGCCAUUUGGGAAGCCUCGGGAGAAUCCCGGCGGAGGAGCGAAUGCUUGGUCUUGCACUUACAAACUUCUGUAGAUUGUAACACAAGACGCGUUGAAUGUAGUACACGCUGCGUUCCGAGGUUGGGAACGCACAAACCCCUGAUUGAACACCACAAUAUGCAGUGAAAAGACACAAAAAACGGAUCCAAACCUGUUUGCUGUUGAUCUGGAUUCACUGGUACUUAGAGAGUGUAAAUAGUGUGAGGUUAGAAAAAGAACACGUGAAAUGAGUUCUGCUGUUUUGAAGUGUACAUAGUUUGUGUUGGAGUGAUACAACAAAAGCACUAAUUAAAUUAUACGCUAACCACUUACGGUUUGGCUCUUAUUUGUUCUUUUCUUUUAGAACGGAAUAACUCUCAUGGGAUAGUAUUGUCAAGCACCAUGCCACCAUUUUUUCUAAUGCUGUAACUCGAGUGCAAAUUUUGAAGAAACAAAUUGAGUUUUUGGCCUCUGCUUAAGGUACAAACGGCAUAUAUGCAAUAUUUACACUUUUGAAAACAUGAGUUUACUUACCAAGACGUACCAAAUGUACAAAUAUUGUGCAUAAUGUUUAUUAAACAUCUGAUUUUGAUGGCGUUUUUAUCGAAAUCUUUUUCAAUUUUUUGCUAAUGGAGCCCGUCGGUGUUUGAGCAGUGUGUGUUUUUUUUGUUGUUUUUUUGCAUUUGGGUCGUACAUCUUUAUAAAAGCAUCUAAAGGUUACUAUUGCUUACUUUUUUUGCUGUGUUUUUUCAUUGUAAAUAUUUCACAUCUCGAAGAAUUAUUAUUAUUAUUGUGAUGCGACUAAGAGAUGAUAAUUUAAACUUACGUCUUUGCUUUAGAUUGUAUUGAUUCUUUGUAGUCACAUGAAAUAAAAAAUGAUAUUAUUGAAGAAAA